UAUGAACCGAUGCGCAGCCAUGAGGCGUGAACUUUUGUCCACUGACCUGAACAGACCCUCUCAGUACUCCGUACACACGAAGCCUUCAUUCUUCGCUUUUCUUCCAGUCUUCUCUGCACCCAGAUGCCAAUCGAUAUCACUACGAGCCAGACACCUUGUCCUUAUCCGCGGUACCGUUAUCAAGCCAAAGAGCAUUGACCUCAGUCCUCCUCCCUUGACCGGACAGACCCUGGUCGAUCCGCCUGCCUUCCUCGUGUUCGUAGGCUCUGGCCCGCAACUACUUGACUCAAUCAACCCGCCUCCCUUGCGUCGUCCCAUCUGGUGGAAAUAGUCCCAGAUUCUCCCUUCAAUCGACUAACACGGACAUUGAAGCGGGUAAAAUUGAGCUGCCUAUCUCGCAGAAAGAUACACAUCACCGCCUACAAUAACUGGGUUGACGACACCGCUUCUGCCUCACCCAUGAUUGCGUGGACUUCACCGCGUAGGAGCAACCCUGGAGGAACAACACAAUGAGCUUCGAUUUUGGGAACAAGAGCAGGCCCAGUUGCCUUCUUGCGUUUUCUCCAAAGUCAACGAGACGGCCUUGCCCUAGCACCUUCGAAGCAGGUUGAUUCCAGUGACUUCCUACAACAAUCACACUCCAAGAUCUACGCUGCGACCGUCGGACGAUGCUCUCAAUACCUUAUCGGUCCUCGCAUACGAUGGAUACCAUCAGAGACCCCAACGUCUACCUUCGUCGACCAUCCGGCGCCUCUCGUCAAUAUGCCAUCCCCGCCGAUUCUGGAACCUCCCGACAUGGAAGACAUGGCUCGACCGGUCUGACCUACGUCGAACACGAGAUACUGAGACAGCGCAAGACACCUUACGGAAAGUUCUUCGAGCAAGACUCUGCGGCUUUGGACAAAAACAUCCAAUAUCCGGCAUCCAAACAUGUCCUCCUCUCCUCUUCUCCAGAGUUCCAGUCGAGCACCCCUCCAUUCUCUGCUCGAUUGACACCGUCGAACCAGGCACAGCAAAAUGGGAGUAUGGGAGGUACUGAUUCCGGAAGAGAUGGAAGAUGUGAGAGACAACGCGAUCCUUAUGCGACGUCACAGCAUUUCCCAUAUCGACCAGCUUGGGAGUUUCCUGGUGGACUUGACUCGAUGCUCAAUCAGACCCUUCCGCUGUACCCAACCCAGAGAUACUAUGUUCAACCUGGAUCUAAUAUUCCCACCGUCCUGCCCGCGACCCUCCAAUCUCAAUUUGGCCCCACGGCGUCAGCUAGUCAAGAGUAUUAUGGCCCUUAUUGGCCUGACGGCACCUACAAUCCAUAUCGACCGGCUGCUAUCAGAGACAGUCGUUUUUUUCCGGUUGUGGCUACCGAGCGGUUUCCUUUGGAGCACAUCCAACAUCCUCGAGCCUUUCACCAACCUGGUCCACUGUCACUUGCGAACCAUCCUUAUUUGGACACCCUUCCACCGCAACUACUGGGAACGCCUUUGACCUCUGUUGAUUCGCCAGCUUCGAAAUGGACCUCUCAUCAGAAUGCAUACCAGCGUGCGCAGUAUGCUUUUCCGCAGCACUAUUCGCCGCCAGAUCAUGCCAUGGCCGAUCCAUUAAACGUAACGAGGCCAUUACUGUCAUCUCUCGUGCCCGGCCCGGGUUCAGAACGCAUCGCUUUUAGGGAUAGAACUUUUGCGUGGGCCAACAAAAUCUAUACUGACCUUCUGCAGACAAUUCGGUGGACUGCAAAAGAUCAGCGCACGCUUGGAAGCAGUGCUUCGGACCCCAGGUCCACAGCAAAACCUGCGAUCUUCCCCCGACCACCCAGACGAUCUGGAUCGCAUUUCCAUGAAGGAUCAAUGGACAGAUUACCACAAAAUCAAAGCAUUCCGAGUCUCACACGCUACAGCAGUGAGAACUCCAUAUAUGAUGCGCCAAGUCGUCCUCAAACUGCAAUCUAUCGGCCUCAACAGUCACAGUUAGGGCGCCGCCCAGAGCCUCUGUCGACAUCGAGCUCUUUCUCUACCGUCCAGCAUCAACCGAGAGAUCGGAUACCCGAGGUUCGGAUACCCGGCAGCUCCAUGAACGACAUGUACCAACGACCACCUUCAUAUGAGUCGGCAACAGCUGCGCUUAGGACGAUGGAACUUCUUUGUCAAGAGGCUGAUACCCCUUGGCUUGAUGGAUUGCUUUUGGCAGGAUGUUUAGCCUAUGGGCUGGGCAAUUAUGCCAAAGCUGAAGACUGGUAUCGGGCCGUGCUGAAGCACGAACCUGGUCACGUUGAAGCGAUGUCCAAUCUGGCAGCGACAUGCCACGCACUUCAUCGUCGCGAAGAUGCUCUCAAGUAUUGGUCUGAUGCUGUGAGAUUACGUCCGAGCUAUUUUGAAGCCGUUGAACAUCUCAUCGGGUUGCUAUGUGCAAGCCAUCGAGCAAGAGAAGCAGUCAGCGUCAUCGAGUACGUCGAAAGCACGUUGCGACUUCCCAAUGAGGAUUCUCAUACCUCCUGGGGUGAGUUGAGUGACGCUGAAAGCGACUCAAGAAGCCACACCUCUAGUAUAGCUACUGUGGCGUCGUACGACAAUGCACGCCAUGAUUUCGACUUCGAUCUCAACCAAGGUCUUGCCUCUGACUCGGAGACCUUAGCGCCAGGGUUUGGCUCGAGUGGUUUUGCUAUACCUGGAGCAGAUAACGGUCGCAUGUUAGCCCUUAUACAUGCGAAAGGAAACAUGCUCUAUGCUCUCGGCAACAACAAUGGAGCUGCCGCUGCCUUCGAAGACGCCGUUCUCAUCUCUACGGGUCACAGGAAACAGGGUAUUAGGAGUCUCAUCAACAGUAUAUUGAGCGCGUGUCUUCGCAACAUCAGAGACCCGGAAUACGUCCGGAGGAAACUGGACGGCAAAGAACCCGUUUUGCUCGCACCUGAACAUGCGGAGGGGACGGCUAAACACAUGUUUCCUCCAGAUGGGGAGCUUCCCGGACUAGAGCAUGUAACACCUCCCUUCGCUGUACAAGCUGCGGUAUCUACGACCAGCAACUCGCUGCUAUCGCUUGCCAAAAUAUACCAAGAUGGUAUGGCUAACGCUACCGACAUUGGAACACUCAAGUCGCCCAGUACCCGAGAAAUUCUUGCUCUGUACUAUUUGUCUCUCUCGCUUCAACGAAGUCCUUCCACGGCCAACAAUGUCGGCAUUCUGCUCGCAGGCGUACAACAGAGCGUACAUCCAGCGCACCUUGCGGAUUCGAACUUUUCGCAGAUUUCCAACAUCCCUGGAGUUAUUGCUGGAAGCGGUAUCUCACUGGCUCUUAUGUACUACAAUUAUGGCCUCAACAUCGACCAAAAGCAUGCUCACCUCUACACGAACCUCGGCAGCCUUCUCAAAGAUAUCGGCCAACUUGGGGCUGCGAUCAAAAUGUAUGAACGAGCCGUGAACUGUGACGGCAAUUUUGAUAUUGCAUUAGCAAACCUGGCCAAUGCUGUCAAAGACCAAGGCAGAGUGGCAGAUGCUAUUGUCUACUAUAGACGUGCCGUCGCAUCAAACCCCGAUUUUGCCGAGGCCGUGUGUGGACUCGCUACAGCUUUGAAUUCGGUAUGCAGCUGGCAUGGACGAGGAGGAGUUUGUGCCUCUGAUAGACUUCGAGACCGUCUUCAUGUCGACGAUCAUGGCAUGAAACAUGCGCCGUCCCGGCCAUACGGAUGGAUCAACCGAGUCGUGGAGAUUGUGGGAAAGCAACUCAAGGAUGGCGAGAACUGGGGAUGCGGCACUCUCACUCCAGCUGUCAUUGAUUCGCUCUCGACGCAGCUUGCACUGCACAAGCAGAUUUCCCGGGACAGUGGGCGAAAUCAGGCUUUGGAAACUUUGCGACAGGCCCUUCGCAGUUGGUCGGGCCAGAGAUGGGAGGGUGCCAGGAUAGUGCGCCUCGUUGAGCGGGCUGUUCGCUAUAUUGGAUGGCAAUGGUAUCAAGAUCGAUACAGGAAGCGUCAAGAAUACCCUGCACGGAAAUACUCUCGACCUCUCCUACCGAACACACUGACUCCGCCUUCCGCACCAACUGUCCUCCCUUUCCACACCUUUACGGCACCGUUGUCAGCGAAACAGAUACGCCAGAUUUCACAGCGGAAUGCGCUUCGUAUAUCUGUAUCCACUCUUCGCUCUGCCUGGCUACCAGCUACUGUUUUCCCACCACCAGCGCCACCGGAUCCUUGCCUGAACGUCGGCUAUGUCAGCUCGGAUUUCAACAACCAUCCGUUGGCACACUUGAUGCAGUCGGUCUUUGGGCUUCACAAUCCGGCCAAAGUGAGGGCUAUUUGCUAUGCUACCACCGCUUCCGAUGGAUCUAUCCAUCGACAGCAAAUCGAGCGGGAGGCUCCAGUCUUUCAUGACGCGUCUUCCUGGAGCGUCGAGCGACUUGUCAAUCAAGUCGUCAAGGACAAUGUACACAUCCUGGUUAAUCUCAACGGUUAUACACGAGGGGCACGCAAUGAGGUGUUCGCGGCUCGGCCUGCGCCCAUUCACAUGUCUUUCAUGGGCUUUGCCGGUACGCUAGGAGCGGAAUGGUGCGAUUAUGUUUUUGCGGACACUAUAUCUGUGCCACCGGAUACUCUUUCUCCAUGGCGGCGAAAUGUGGACAUUGAUGACCGCCUCCGAUCGGAUUCCCUGGUUGAAGACAUGGAGGACUGGGUGUAUUCUGAGAAUGUGAUUUUUGCUCGGGAUACAUUCUUCUGCGUGGAUCACAAGCAAAGUGCGCCUGAUGUGGAGAAGGGGCCGCCAAAUCUGCAGGAUCCAUCAAAGCGUCGAGCGGCUUGGGAGGACGAGCAAGAAAGUCGUUGGAAGCUGAGAAAGGAGCUGUUCCCGACUCUUUCGGAUUCAGCCGUGAUCCUGGGCAACUUCAACCAAUUGUACAAGAUUGAUCCAGCCACAUUCGAAUCAUGGCUGCAAAUCUUGAAGAUGGUCCCGAAUGCGAUAUUGUGGUUACUGCGCUUUCCCGAUCUUGGCGAGCAGAAUCUCAUGAAAUACGCGCGGGAAUGGGCGGAUCAGGAUGUGGCUUCUAGAGUCAUCUUCACCGAUGUCGCCGCUAAGGGUGCACAUAUUACACGUGCCUCUGUGGUCGAUCUGUUCCUGGACACCCCAGAAUGCAACGCUCAUACAACGGCCGCGGAUGUGGUAUGGUCUGGCACCCCAAUUGUCACGUGGGGCAAAUGGAAGUACAAAAUGUGCAGCCGUAUGGCGGGAAGUAUCCUUGCCAGCGCGUUACCUGAAGGCCGCGAGGGAGACGAAGCACGCCGAGAGCUGCUGGUGAGGAACGAAAAAGAAUAUGUGGACACAGCCAUCGAGCUCGCCCAAGGUCUCAAAUAUCCUUUGAAAGAAUCAGGGGGACAAAAAUUUGGGCGGGGCCAGGGUCGUCUCAUGGACUAUCGACGCAUGUUAUGGGAAGGACGAUGGUCGAGUCGGCUCUUUGACACCAAGCGUUGGGUCAGAGAUCUUGAAGUGGCUUAUUGGUCAGCUUGGGGAAAAUGGGAGAGAGGUGAGGGUGGAGAUAUCUGGUUAUGAGUUCAGUUAGAGUGCGUCGAAGCUGGUAUCACAUGUGGACCAUAUUCUGCAGCCUCUGCGUCGUGGGGCAGGAAGGUCCCAGCCACGGUGUUUGCGUGGAAAUAUUGACGGAGUUCCGUCAGACGACCUUGACGAUAUCACGAAAGAAACGACAUUUACAGUUGACUGAUACCAACGCCCAGGUUUCUCCGAUGAAUGGGACUCCCUGAGGAAAGGGAUCUGGAUUAGGGAAAAGCAAAAGUGGAAUUUAGCGAAGCUGGUGAAGGGGUCAUACCACACAGCAAAGGGUCUGGCAAGGGAAUAUAGCAAGCGUGCGUGCACAGGAAAGCAUUGUGUUCGGAGUUGGGAGACUUUGGCGGGACAGCUUGGGAUGGAUCAAACGAUUUUCUUUUAUUGGCGCGGGUUUUGCGGUCAAUUCGAUUCCUCACUGUUACUGUCAGGGAAGGCAAUACUGUUGAUGGUUGAUGCUGUCUAGAUUUCUCGGCUGAUACCAGGCCAGGCCAGGACACUCGAAUCGAAGUGAAUGUUCUUUCUUCCAUGUG